CUGAAAAUAAAUGACAAAUGGCGUUAUCAGCUGUUUUGAUUGCUUGCGAGAAAUUGGAUUUUAUUUUAUAUAGUUGCUUUUUAGCGUAUUUCCGCAAUAUUUUAUGAUUCACCAUUAAGUAUUUAAUCAAUACUCAGUCAAAAAUGACCAAGAAGAAACGGCACGUUAUAUGUAUGGCCUCUGAUUUCUUUUACCCGAACACGGGAGGCGUUGAGGAACACAUCUACAACUUGUCACAAUGUUUGAUCAAACGCGGGCAUAAAGUGGUGGUGAUAACUCACGCCUAUGGCGACAGAGUUGGUAUACGGUAUUUAACUGGGGGUUUGAAAGUUUAUUAUUUACCUAUAAAAGUUUUCUACGCCCAAUGCGUACUUCCCACCAUGAUAUGCAAUAUAUCCCUGAUAAGAUACAUACUUAUCAGAGAAUGUAUAGAAAUAGUUCAUGGUCAUUCAGCAUUCAGUGUUUUAUGCCACGAAGUAUCAAUAAUAGGUAAAUUAAUGGGUUUAAAAACAGUAUUCACUGAUCACAGUUUGUUCGGUUUCGCCGACACGUCUGCAGUAUUGACAAAUAAGUACCUACAAAUGUGUUUGUGUGAGUGUGAUCACUGUAUCUGUGUGUCGCACACAGGUAAAGAGAACACUGUAUUAAGAGCUAAGGUUAAAGCUUAUAAAGUGUCUGUUAUCCCUAAUGCCGUGGAUGCCUUUACAUUCACACCAGACCCCAUGAAAAGGGACAGAAGUGUGAUAACAAUAGUUAUUGUGUCACGGCUGGUAUACAGAAAAGGUGUAGAUCUAAUGGCAGCUGUUAUAGCAGAUAUGUGUCCUCGGUAUCCUCAACUAAGGUUCAUCAUUGGUGGGGAUGGUCCUAAGAUGUGGCUUCUUCAAGAAGUAAGAGAAAGAAUGGGUCUACAAGACUGUAUCACACUUCUCGGAAGCCUAAAACAUUCUGAAGUCAGGAAUGUUUUAGUCAAAGGGGACAUAUUUUUGAACACUUCAUUAACAGAGGCUUAUUGCAUGGCUAUUGUGGAAGCUGCUUCCUGUGGCUUGAAGGUUGUGUCAACUAAGGUUGGAGGUAUACCGGAAGUACUUCCAGAAAAAAUGAUUUAUCUCACUGAACCUAAUGUAGAUAGUUUAGUUGAAGGAGUAGAAAAAGCCAUGAGUGAUUUAAUACAAGGCAAUAUAUUAUGCCCAUUUGAGUGCAAUCAGAUGGUUAGAAAAAUGUACAAUUGGAUGGAUGUAACGAAAAGAACAGAAAUUGUUUAUAAUAAAAUAUCAAUGAAUAAAAAUAAACCAUUGGGACAACAGUUAAGGAACUACCUCACUUGCGGUGUUUGGCCAUUCCUUCUAGUUAUAAGUUUAAUGUAUUUAUUGCUGCAACUGGCAGAGAAAUUGUACAAACGCAAGCACAUAGAUAUAGCAAGAGAUUUGAAAUUAUAGUAUUGGGAUAUUAUUGUAAGUUUAUUAAUAAUUUGACUUGCUUUAAUACUCAGAAUUAGUUUACAAAUUGAUUUAAUUUUUAAAAAACUAUGUUUCAACUAGUGGUGUAGUGUAGGUUUUUGUCACCUGGGGAACCAAUUUUGCCAUCAAAAGGCAUUGGGCGAGUGAUUUUGACACCCCCAGCCUCAACAUUGCAAGCCACACAUUUCAAAUAUCAUAGACCAAAAUAUUAAAAUUGAUUUAGUUUUAUGUUUUUUUAAGUGUCUUUAAUUUAUUUAUAUCUGUUAUAACUGAUACAGAAGACAUAUAGUAUGUAUUAUUAUUUUAUGUAGGUAUUUAUUAAAAUUAGGUUAACUAAUAGUGCAAUUCUGGCAUACUGUAUUUUUCUUUAAGUGCCAUCAUUUCACAAUUUAAUAGUAAAUAAUAAAUUAUAUUAACAUAUUAAAAAGUUAAUGAGGUUUGUUGGAUAUUUAGUACAACAGUCCAGUCAAUCAAUGACACUUAAUUAAUAUUAAAUAACUUUUUGUGUGAUGUUUAUCAGUUUCAUAAAGGUGUAUGGACGAAGCAUGCUGCAAGAUAUAUUUGUAAAUGACCUAAACAACUAUUGACCGUAGUUUUUCUUAACAUUGUGUAUGCCCAAUAUAAUUCUAAAUACUUUCAUUAUCAUUAAAUAAUAGCUUCAAAAUUUACCUGGAUUUAUUAAUGCUAUAGUCAAUUACCAAAGAAAAACAAAGAUUAAUUUUGGAAUGAUAUUUAUUAUAAUACUAUUGAAAUAAAAAAUAGGCCACUAGUUCAACUGAAUAGUCAGCCUUAACAUUGUAAAUAAAAAAUAAUUUCAAUAAACAGCAUUUGUUACAUUCCAGUAUUAUUUAUAUGUUACAGCACAUGAACAAUAUAUUAUUUUCCUACAUUAACAAUUAAAUGUGAUUCUUAAACACAGACUGAUAGUAUAAGGUACCAAUAUAAUUAUGUAUUAUUUAGUAGACGUCUCACACAUUGAUGUUGGUUCAUGCCCUGUGAACAAUAGAUAAAUAUUAUUUUUAUAGCACAAAUAUAUUAUUAACCCUAAAA